AAACAACAAACGAUACAAUGGCUUCUUUGUAAAGAAAACUGCAAAAUAAACGAGUGGCACAUACUUUCAGUGUGAAAUGCAACACUCGCGUCAAGAAAUGCACAAAAGAUGCAGCUUUUUUUCUUGGCUGAAUUGGCUUCCUUCGCUCUGCCCAGGAAAAGGCUCCAACCCUUCAAGAAAGAUGAAUAAAAACAACAAACCGAACUUCUCGGGGAGCCCGGCUCACUAUUUAUUUAACAUUUGCAACUCCCUCUUUCUUUGGAAGAAAAAAGCAAAAUCCCUUUGGACGGAGUAGGUUUUUAACCCACAACUUUGCCAAAGCUUCAGCUUCCAGGUUUUGUUUUGUUUUUUGUGAGAUUAAGUUUGGCUCUUUUACAAGUUCCCCUGCAGAGCUUCUCUCACUCUGCCUUUCUGUAUUUUCCAGCAUUUGAUUGUACUGCCUUAUAGUGGAAUUGUGGGAAUGAAUGAGGGUUGUCUGCCACCAUGCACAGAUAAUACCAGACUUUUCGUUUAAAAGUUCCUCAAGAUGCAUUGCAGAAUUUACAGCUUUGGCUAUGCGUUGGUAUAGAAAUUAAAGAACUAUGAAGUAACACUUCUCUAGUAUUUCAAGUUUAAAACAUGCUUCUUCUGAUAAAACAUGGGAACUUUUAGCACUCCAGGAUAUAUUAGACUGUGGACUGAAUUAGCAACCUGUCCCUCAAAUGUAUAUGUGUAUAUUUUUGUGGGUGUUGAGUGAGAUGCAAUGAGAUUCAAGGUGCAGCUUUAUACAUUUCCUUUUACUUUGCCUUUUGGAGGUGAAGGGAAAGGAAAACCUGCCUUGCAACACUCUCUCUAGGUUCACAGAAAAAAAUCGGAAGUGAACCAAUACUUUUAUCAGAGCUUUUUCAACUGAGUUAACCCACAGUCAAAGCCCUUAAAACGGAAAAAAUGCACCUCAAAAAAGGGAAGAACUGAGCUGUUUUAACAAACUGGCUUGCUUCUUAAACCAUUGAUUUUUUUAUUUUCCAUGCCUUAGAGAGAGAUAAUCCAAAUAAGAAACUCCUAUUUAUGCCAGAAUAGCGCAACAAAGGACAAUGAGCAAGUCAAGCCGCUUAAAAGCUCCAACGGAGGAAUGCAAGGAAGACAACAACGAGGAGAUCUACUGCAAGGCGCUGGCUCAGACGCUGAAGGAGGUGGAGCUGCCCGCGACGGUGGGCCUGUAUUCGCCGUGGGGGCACCAGAAGGCAAAGCUCUUAGACAAAAUUGAAGGUCACAUGAAAGACAGAGAGGAACCAGAUGUCGGGAUUUGCUCUUGGCUCCUGGAUAUUUGCUCCUGGCUGGCCUUCAUCUGGCAUAUAAUUUUCUGUUCCCUUGACGCCAACGUUCCCAGCAGACAGAGAGCAGCCGAUGAAGGAUGCAGCGCCGCUCCAGCGAAAACUCGGACGGUGAUCUUCGACCCUUCAUCCAGGAAAGCUCCUAGCAUUCAAAGGGAGGCUGCACAGGAAAAACCCGACGUUGCGAACCUUGACACGCUGACCUUGUUAUCGGAUGCUUCAUCCCCGGCAACGCCUAGGGCAGAAGAGGCCAAGCGAGAUGGCAACAUCUGGUGUGUCUUCAUCAACUUCAACGCCUGGGAUUUUGUCGGCUGCACCCACACCUGGGCCGGCCUGAUCACGACGCUGCUUGGGGAGAUUGAAGGAAAAUACAGAUAUUCCUUAGGGAUUUUUAGGAUGUUUGGUGUGGAAUUCACGGGGAAACCUGAGGAAAAACAUUGGAUAUUGAAAAGAAAAACGAAGUUCAUCUCCACCAGUUUCCUGUUUCUGUCUUUGGUGGUCAUUCUGUGUGGAUGGCUCCUCUUCGAACAGAACCUGGUGGAACUACUCCUAUCCAUCCUUGCCUGCGUGGCGACCUUCUUGUUCGCUCCCUUUCUAAGCGGCUGCAAAAAUCUCUACUUCACCAUGAAGAGGAAGAUUCAGAAAGGCAUCCGAAGGAAGGACCUCAGUGCCGAGCUGGGCUUCAUGCACUACGUGAGGCAAGAGGUGGAGACGGCCACGCAGUUCCUCCGGCUCAUGGCGUACAAGGAGAGGAAGGACCUCCGCGUGGUGCUGAAGGUCACCGGCUUGGACCUGUGUGCUCCGGACAAGGUGGUGUCCGUGCUGGACGCCCUGAGCAUCCUCCUGGCUGGCCAGGAUGUCCCGUUUGUCUCCAUCCUGGCGGCCGACCCGAGCAUCCUCGUGGAAUGCAUCCGGCAGUCAAGCAACACCUGGAGUAACGGCUAUUUGUACUUGGACCGAACUGUGGCCCUGCCGUUCUCCUUGCCACAGGGGAGCCACGAGGGCAGGAUGCAGCUGCCCUUGCGCGAGGCAAAAGGGGAGCCUGGCGUGGCUGCAGACGGUGACCGAGCAGAGUCUUCUGGGCCAAAAAAUGGCUUUGUGGGAAGAAACGCAUUCAUGAAUCAGGAAACUCAAGACUUCCUUCACGAUCUACGGACCGGGAAGUUCAGGGAAUCCCUCCUAGCGAACUCUGUCCAAAGGAAGAGGGUCGUGAGCACCGUUAUGACCAUCCACUCCAUGAUCACCCAGGGAUACGUAUUCAAACCGGUGACGUUGGACGCGGAGCACGCAAGCAGCUGGGGGAUCAGGGAGGUCUACGACUGGGUCAUUUUGGCUAACUGCUGGCCGUGCCGCCUGAGCUGGCUCCUGCACUGCGUGGAAAACGAUCGGCAGCGGAAAAUGCUUGCGGCAAUCAGCCGAGCGAGCGCCGACGGGGAGCAGGAACAAAGGGAGAGAAAUGACGACACGCUCUAUACAGUUUUUGAGAAACAUGAGCCAGCGUUAGGUAGGAUAAAGAAGCAGAUCCAAAGCCUUUUGGAGCUGGAUGGGGAUCCUGACCUUUUCAAAAUUUUCCUGCGCAAGAAAGAGAGGCAUCUGACGGCUGCGUGGGCCAACAGCUUUUCUAGCCUUCUCAUCAAUUUGGACUUCUCGCUGAGACGGCAGCUUGAGUUGCUCCAAGGCCUGCACAGCAUUGCUAAGGGCAGAAGCGAGCAGGCCCCAUGAAGCAGCCGCGCUCCAAAGAAAGCCGAAGGACGAUCCAAGCCGUUACCUUUGCAGCGCAAAGAAGAACACGCCAGGUUCGCAGAAAGCGAAAGUUCACAUGUCCUUUAAGAAUCUAAGACAGCCCCCUGCUCCAGUUGUGUUUGAUCACAACCCCCAUCGUUCCCUGUGGCCAUGCUGGCUUGGAAUGAUGGGAGCUGAUGUUCAAGACAAGUGGAGUGAGCCAGUUUGGGGAAGUUAACCUCAGAUGCAUGUACCCACUUCCUCCUCCUCAGUGGGCUGAAAAAUAACACAAAAUGCAAAUAUACAUAUGAGGACUUCUUGACUGUUUAAUUCUUUGGCUUGCAUUUAUCCUCGGGUCCCAGGGCAGGCCAUGUCGCGUCCAGAUUCAGGAGGGGAUAUGCGAAGGGCCCCAAACAAUUCCCAAACCAUCUGUGCUUCAAACAGAAGGUAAGAUUAGAGCAGUACCUGUCAGCAGAUGGGCAGACCUUCUGAGCGACUAAGAUCCAGGGGUUGCCCCGAGACCGAAGCCUCCGUUCUCCUUGCUCGGGGCCGCUUGUGCGUCCUCUCGGAGCUGCCUCUCCUGCUUAUCCUGAGCCACAAAGAAGUAACCGGAGGCUCACCGUCUCUUGGCAGACGGUGGCUGCUCGAAAGGCCAUCUUCAGCCCCACCCCCUUGUAAAACUUUGGACGACAGACGGGCCGACCCAUCUAUUUCUGGUCUGCGUCAUUUUCGAAGCCCCGUCUCUCCCAUUUCUGAGAAGUCCUGAAAUUUACACUUGUACACAUUUCCCCCUGAAAGGGGGGUUUUUGUACGGAUUUCCACUUAAAGUUUUGUUUGUGUAUCUUGCACAGGGAACUGCUUUGCAAAAUUGGGAGCGGAGUGCAACUGAAAAGCUUUUUGGAUUUGUUUCUGUUGGUUAAUAUUACACUGGCAUGUAAUUGCUUUCUUUGUCACCUGAUUUAAAUAUUAUGGUCUAUUUGGCUGCUCCUGUGCAUCCACAUGCAUGCCUGAAGGUUGCUGUGGGAUGACCCCGGCCACAAAAUGACCCUGUAGCAAAAGCAAAGGGGAGCUUGCACUGGGACAGAACAGAAAGCUUUAAUUUUGAUAAACUGCAGAACAGCUUAUUGUGCUACUUUAAAUAAUCUAACACUUUUGGUACCCAGAUUAUUUGUUAUGGCUCGUUAAAUAAUUUCUUAUUUGUUAUCAUAACCUUAAUUAGAUUUCCUCCUAUGCGAACACUCUCUGUUUUUCUUGUUUUGUCCUGUGAGUUUGAUAUAACUGCAAAGUGCUGAUUGGAGUAGCCAGCAAUAAACUGAAUUGAACUCAU